AUGAGUUCGCUUUUGCCUACAACGCCACCCAAUACUUUACCGCCCCUUCUGCGACUCGCAUCCGAGCUGCACUUAGCGAUCAUCUCGUUUCUUCCAAGUCUAAAGGAUGCCACAGACGAAGAUGAUUUGGCACUUCUCCAACUUCGUCGAACGAAUCGUUACUUUCGCGACCUUGUUCCUCCGCCGACUCACGACGAUCUUCUUUCUCUCGAGUUAGUCUUGUACGAAUACCCAGUGUACGCCUGUAAAUUCUGUCUUUGUCUCCGGCCAAGGGCAAAGUUUGCUGCAGCUAUGCUCAAAGGCAAAACAGGAACCAAUGGACAAGCCCGGUAUAAAAGAUUUUGCGCAGACUGCGGAUUCGAUACUACAGUCGUUGGGAGGAGUCAGCGGUAUUGCCGUGGUUCAAGAGCAUUUGUUGGCGGAGUUGAUUGGGUAUGGUGCAAGCACUGCAAUUUAGUGAAAAAAGAAGAAGAGGCAGAUUCAGUCUGUCCUGGGCUGUUUAAGGCGUGCUAUACCAUGUUGGGCUGUAAAUGCAACGUAAAAUGCGGCAGGCUACUACGUUCUAGGACUCCACCACAGCCGGAGGCCUCGACACAACCACGCUGGGUGUUGCCAAAAUCGAAUGCGCCUCGAGUUCGCUGGGACGUUAGUGAUACAGAUAGCGAUGAAGAUGAUAGGACUGAUGUGUAUGAUUAUUGGGACCCUCACUUUGAGCUUGCGCAGCAGGAAGACGACGAUUGGCGUGCGCUGUAG